AUGCUAACCUGAGAAUUAGACCCUGAUAAACAGACGGAGAAAAAUACCUCUGGGAGUAGUCUCUAUAUCAAAUCUGAAGGGAAAAGUUACUUGGAGGAAACUCAAUCUCCCGCAGAGCAAAAGAUUUAUCAUCUUUAUACCAAAAUGACUGUAUUUCUCCACGAUCAUGAGGAGGGGUGAUCCAUAUCGGUUUAGCAACUAGUAAGUGUAUCAUUCUAAAGAACCUAUGCAUGGUAAAAGUUGUUAAUUUCUAUUUCGACCAUCUAGAUGACCAAUUUUGUCAUAAUCCUGUAUCAAUACAAUUUCAAUGC